AUGUUGAAAACAGUUCUAUAUCCCAAAAACUAUGAUUCAGUCUCAGACUGGAUACCCGAUGUUGGUGAUGGAAGAGUUUUAAAAGAACCGGCUUGGAAAUUAUAUCCAUUAUUCGGCCUGUUGGAACACAGAAAAGUUUCUAUAGGGUUACCAUAUAAAAUUCAUCUACAAAGAGAAAUCAAUGAUGAUAAGAUAUUCUUUGGAGAGAAUGCUUCAGAUGCAAAAUUAGAAAUACCGAAUCUCCAACUUUACAUACCGGUAAUAACACCAUCAAUUGAAGUAGAAACGAGAAUAUUUAAAUCAUUAACUAAAGAUAUUGAUAUAGCUUUUAUUCGUCGUAACACAAUAGGUAGCAUAACUUUAACUGGAGAAUCCACUACAUGGCCAAUCACUAACACUAUUAAACCAGCAAGAUAUUUAAUGGUUGAUUUCAAGAACUUACCAGAUUCUCAAACGAAUAACAAUAAUAUCUUUAGAGUAGCAAUGAACCAAACUCAAGAUCCUAUAAUCCGUAAAGUUCAAGUAAGAUUAAACAAUGAUAAUUAUCCUAAUCAACCUUUAACAAUUAAAACAAUUAAUCCAACCACAAAGGAUUAUAAUGAAUUGUAUAGGAACUAUAAAAAUAUGUGUGAAUUAUUUGGAAUUCACCUCAGUUUGAAUAUUUAG